GUCCAGUCCCAGUUUUCACAAAUCACAAAACAUCUCUGAGAAAUGGAGUUUGAGACGACUGUCAUGCAAAAGCAGGAGUGCUUUGUCUAUCGCCUCCCUCCGCGCCCCUCCAACCGCGGCUUCCGGGCUGCUGAUUGGGACUUGGAGCACCCCAUCUGGUCUGGCCGCAUCAAGGUCGUCACGCAAGGCGACACUAUCACGAUCAAGCUCGAAGACAAAUCCACUGGCGAGCUGUUCGCGCCUUGCCCCGUGGACGCCUUCCCGGGUACAGCAGUCGAGGCUGUCAUUGACAGCAGCCGCUAUUUUGUGUUGCGCAUCGUCGAUCCCUCCGGCCGACAUGCCUUUAUUGGUCUUGGAUUUGCGGAUCGAGGAGACUCGUUUGAUCUCCAAGUCGCACUUCAAGAUCACUUCAAGUUCCUGCACAGCAGCCGCGAGAUUGAAAAGCAAGCUGCCAUGGCGAAGGCCAAUCCCCAGCCCUCGCUUGACCUUGGAUUCAAGGCCGGCGAGAAGCUCCACAUCAACUUUGGCAAAAAGACGGGAAUCGAGGCUGGACACGCUUCUUCCGCUUCGGCAAAUUCCAACGCGUCCUCAUUCAUCUUGCCGCCUCCUCCAGCAUCAGGAUCGACCGUGAUUGCCCCUCCGCCCAGCAACGGCGGCUCGCGCGUACGAGGCCAUCAACAACAAGCGCCAGCGACCGCGACCUCCUCUUUCUUUGGCGCCCCAGCUCCUGCCGCAACCGCGAGCCCAAGUCUCGCUGGCUUUGGUCAGGCUCCACCGCCCCAGCAAAACUUUGCUGCCGAUCCGUUCGGAGGCGGCUGGGGCCAGCCUGCUGCUCCCGCUGCCGCCCCUCAAGCUUCGAAGGAUGCUUUCGACUGGACCAAGUUUUGAAGUCGCUUUUCAAGUGUCUGUUUUCACAAUUUUGUCCGUCCGCGAGCUCUUUGGAACAUUUGUGGGUUUGAGCGUUCAUCCGUGUCAUGUAGUAUUGCGUGUGUAGAGAAUGUGUGCGUUAUUGGAAAAUACAAGUACAAUGAAAUUGGA